AUCAAGGUCAUAGGUCAACAACAAUGGCAAGCAGCACAAAGGAGGAGGAAAAAACAGUAAAGCUAAACAUGUAACUGACAAGAAAAGUUCAAAAGCGAGCUGAAGAUCUGUGCAGAAGGGUUUUGCUCACUCCCUCCGGCGCCUGAGGAGAGUUUACUGAUGCUGUUUGCUGCAGCCAGAGGCCUGAAUGCUGCUGUAAGGUAGACAGCUCAUCAAGUUGAGUGACAAGCUUCUGGGCAGGAACAACAGCAGCAGCAGCAGAGGAGGAGAGGAGGAGAGGACCAGACUAACAAUACAGUCUGUGCCCAGAGGCGAAAGAACUGGAGGAGAGAUCAUCUCGGAAACCAGACGCCACGCAGUCGAAUCCUGCAGCCGCCAGCCCGUCAAAGUGACACCGAGCGAGGAGCCGAACUCCCACCUGCUUUACUCAGAGCGAGAUUGAAGCCAAGGAGGCCUGUGAUUGGCUGCAAGCGGCCGGCUUCCCCCAGUACGCGCAGUUAUUCAAAGACUGCAGGUUCCCCGUUGACAUCGAGUGGGCGAAGCGUGAUCACCAAUUCCUGGAUAAGGACGCCCUCGAUUCACUCUGCAGGAGAUUAAGCACUUUAAACAAAUGCGUGGAAAUGAGGCUGGAGCCGCGGAGAUCAAAACGCAGGGGAGACGACUGUGACGAAGAAGACUUCUGCGCCAUCAGCCCCAACUGGACCUACGACAGGCGGACGCGACGAUGGCGACGCCUUGACUCCACGACGGACAUCCUCAGCUUGUCCGAGAGCCACAUUGGACCCCAGGAUGUGUCUAUGUGUGACGUCGGCGACCGCCAUGACAUCUGCUCCAUCCACAGCUCCAGCAGCACUGAGAGCGAAGGACACCACAAGAGUCACAGAGAUGCUGCCAUCACACCCGCCUCCAUCAGCGCUGCCGCCAGCACCACCACCACAGACGACCAGGACACCAGCAGGAGCUCCUCCCGCUGCUCCUCCACGAAUAAGACGCCUUCUCUGGACCCCUCGCUUAGUGGACCCCCCUCCCCUGGUGGAAGCGUUGGAGGAUCUGCCACCACGAGUCCUGAGGUCGAAGGCUGCUUCCCAGACAAACCGCCCAGGAAGAAGGGCACCAGUCUGCUGAGGAAGAUGGAGAAACUGAGGCUGCGUGGAACAUCCGGCCUCCUCCCUUCUGCUCACAGUAGUCGUGGUAACAGCGGGAGUCGGGCACGGCACGUUAUCAGCGGGCCGGUUCAGGUCCAGGAGGAGGAGAGGAUGGAGAGGCUGCUAUGCCCAUCAAGCCUGCAGGGUCGACCCAACAGCCGUGAGUCUUCCUCGCCAUCAUCUCCUCACACCAUCAGCAGCUGCAGCAGCAACAGCCACUCAGAGAGCAGCAGCGCCGUCAGCACGCCCAGCCCGGUCACCAGGGUCAGGAGUAACUGCAAACGCUCCAACAGCGGCGUCGGGGUCGUUAGUGGAACCACCCGGAACAACCAGAACCAUCCAGGAACAGAGGAUUACAGGAACCAGAUCAACAACAACAACAACAGCAGCCACGACAGUCUGGUCUUCCAGAUCCCCAACGGACACAAACCGGGGACCUUCCCCACCUCUCUCGCGCACAAACACGCCAUCCUGUCCCCCAUCAUCGACAACUCCUCCGUCAACUGGAGGACCGGGAGCUUCCACGGUUACCGGGGACGAAACAGUUGCCGCCGUGGCGCGUCAUCGCUGGCCACCGGUGAUCAGGACCCAUCGCCCUCUUCUUCCUGUGAUGUCUCAGUCCCCGUUCAGCGUGCUGUGUUGGAUCACCGGCUGAGUAUCUACGACAACGUGCCCGACGACCAACAGCUGUCUGAAAGUGAAGGCGCCAGUGGCGGAAGUGGCAGCGAUGCAGAACGGACGGGUAAGGAGUCAGAGGUGGGUCGAUUGUUGGCAGGUGAAGACGUUUUCUCGGCCCUGGACAGCGUUUUAGAGAGGAUCGGCAACCUCCAACAAAUGGUCUCCACCUGGUCUGAAAAUCUAUCUGAGGAUGACGGUCAGAGAGGUUCCUCCUCCUCCUCCUCCUCCUCCUCCUCUUCUUCGUCCUCCUCCUCCUCGUCGUCGUCUUCCUCUUCUUCCUCCCAGGACUCACCUGGUCACGGUUCAUCCGCCGCCUCCCCCUGCCCGUCCUCCCCCAGCCAUAUCCACCUGCAGGCGCAGCAUCCGAAGGAGGUAAAGAGCCACGAGGAGGUACCUGUGAACGGAGAGGAGCCAAAGACCAGAUCACCACAACCCAGGAGCAGCAGAGUGAGCCAGCAACUGCACUGGUCCAGCGAGCAGAGCCUGCCCUCCCUGUCCACCAGUCCAGGAGUGGAGAACCAGUCCGUGUCCCAGUUCCUCCGGCUGCAGAAGCUCUCGCUGCUCAAACUCACCGCUCUGAUGGACAAAUACUCCCCGUCCAGUAAGCAGGGCUGGAACUGGACUGUUCCUAAAUCGCCGAGGAAGACCAAGGCGAUGGAGGUGAAAGGCCGGCGGGUUUUUGGGGUUCCUCUCCUCCUCAGCGUCCAGCAGACGGGAGAGCCGCUUCCUCCCAGCAUCCUCCGAGCUCUGGUCUACCUGAGGACCGAGUGUUUGGACCAGGUGGGUCUUUUCCGUAAGUCAGGGGUGAAGUCUCGUAUCCAGUACCUCCGUGAGCUGGUGGAGUCCGACCCAGACGGCGUUUCGUACGACGGUCAGUCUGCCUUCGACGUGGCCGACAUGCUGAAGCAGUACUUCAGAGAUCUGCCUGAACCCAUCUUCACCAGCAAACUCUGCGAGACCUUCCUCCACAUUUACCAAUACUUCCCAAAGGAUCAGCAGCUGGUUGCAGCUCAGGCUGCCAUCUUGCUGCUUCCUGACGAGAACAGGGUGGCGCUGCGAACGCUGCUGUUCUUCCUGCGGGACGUGGUUGCCUGCGUGGACGAGAACCAAAUGACUCCGACCAACAUCGCAGUUUGCCUGGCGCCGUCGCUUUUCCACCUCAACACCCUGAAGAGAGACGCCAACGCACCCAGGUCGAGUCAUAGGAAGUACAGCCUGGGCCGCCCGGACCAGCGGGACCUGAGUGAGAACCUGGCUGCCACCCAGGGCCUGGCCAACAUGAUCACCGAGGCCCAGAGGCUCUUCCAGCUUCCAGAGUUUUGGUCUGGUCAACGUUCAAGUGCUGCAGGAUCCAUUGAGGAAUUCCGCCCUGAGGAAGGUGGUGGCCCUGUAUCCCAUAUUCAGAGUGGAGGUGAGGAAGAGCAGGAGGAGAGAAGGAGCAAACUGCAGCUGAGCACCCAGCUCCUCCUGACGGAGGCCGGAGAGAAGAGCCGAGGCUGGGAGAGCCACCCAGCUCCAGAGCAUGUGGCCCUGGCAUUCAAGAAGAUGGACGACGACUGUCCGCUGUGGAUGUGGCGCGGCUCUGUAGAGGUGGAAGCCCCCGAGAAGGAGCUGCUCCAUCGGCUGUUGAGGGAGCAGGAGCUGUGGGAGGGAAGCCUGUGCCAGGCUGCCGUCAUCCAGACCUUGUCCAAGGACGCCGAAGUCUACCGCUACCUCCUCCGGGGCCGGGGCCACGGCCUGGGCUUCAGGCCCUCACAGGAGCACCUGCUGCUCAGGACCUGGCAGGCAGACCCAUCCUCCGGCCCUCUGUACCUGUCCUCCGUCUCCACGGAGCACCCCGAGGUGCUGUCGGAGGGGGUUAGGGCCCACGUCCACUCCUGCCUCUACCUGCUGGAGCCCACCGGAGCCAGGAAGACCCGGCUGAUGCACCUCUGUCGAACAGAUGCCAGAGGCCGGUCGCAGGAGUGGCACAGCAAAGUCAGCGGGCAUCAUCUGGCCUCUGGCCUGCUGGCCAUCAGGGACUCCUUCAGACCAGAACACAAAGAGACCAAGAUAUGAGUCAACAUGCAGCAGUGGAAGCUGAGGAGGAUUUACAGAUGUUGCACUGAUGUGGAGUACUCUGCAUCCCGUCACACCUCACGGCAGAACGCUGGAAUAAAGAGACCACAGCAUCGUUUUCAACAAGACUUCCUCUCAAGUUUUAAAAGAGGCCCAGAGCACAGCAAGCAGGGAAGGUGACCUACGAGGACGAGGGCUUCCCUCAACCAUUUCUGUCUCAUUUUUGGCUUCUUUUAAAGUUGUUCGCUCUUUCAGUCAGUGACCUUGCAGUUUGCCAGCAGCACCUCGGCGCUCCCCGCUGCGUCUGUUACGCUUCACACUCAAGUUCACAAAAACCCUGGCGAGCUUUGACAAAGGACGUUUUGACGGGAGGAUGAAAAGCUGAGGUCUGAUUUGAACUGAGGAAAAAAGAGUUGUUCUGAUACCAAUACCAGUAUCAGGAAUGCGUCCGAUACUGCCCAUAAUUGGGUAUCGGCGAGUACGCCAGUCUACGCACCGAACCGAUACCAUAAUGGCAAUAUUUCACAGUGGAAAAAUCCAACAAAUAACAUGGCGAUAUGUCCAGUACUGUAUGUGAGGCUUCUGUUUCGAGUGCUGGCACUAGUUUGGCCAAUUUCAACACCGGCAAUGUUAUCA